AUGGUCCCGCCGCUUGUCAGCACCCGACGGAACGACAUAGAGAUGGAAGAGUCGGAGUCAGGCGAGGAGCCCGUUGCCGGCAUGGUUAUUAGCGUCAUUCUUGCCAUGAUCUCUCUGGUUAUCAUCUCCAGUUUUCUGACUCAAAGAUUUUUAGCGGUCAAAGUCUGGAGCAGACUUCCCCCCGUCCAGUGGAGUAGGUCCCGCCCGGAGCUGGUUUUCGCCAUCUACGCCGAUUCCUUUUUGUUUGUGUUUGCUACUGCCAUACUCCAAUUUGGCUUCGGUGUUGAUAGCUCGGCAUCCAUCUGCGAGUCGGCCAUUUUACUUUGUCUGGCCUGCUACGUCACAACAAAGUUUAUUAUCCGAUCCGGAAGCAAGAAACUCCGGAUACACUCCAAGCUCUACCUUUUCAACACCAUUGUGGUACUUGUGCAUAAUCGGAAUGGAGAGAUACGCCAUGAUUCCACUCAUUGUCUACGACCUGCUCGUCAAUGCCUCUAUGCCUUUAAUAGCUCUCAGCAAACCCGGGGAAAUAGAAGACUGAAGCUGGUGGCCAUGCGGACCCUUAUUGGUUGCAUCUGCACACUCACCAGCAGCGUCGUCAACCUAUCAGUGCUCAUGGGUUUGAAUGGCGAACCUGGAUGGGUGUGUCUGAUGUGUUGUAAUAGUGAUAUCUUAUUCAGCGCCAUCGUCAUCCAAUGGGUAACUUCACGGGACAGCAUCGCUUCGAACAACAACAUCGACUCUCAGACCAUGUCGCAACAGAGACACAGUAACCACGGCGAGGAUGUCUACGAUCUCCGAAGAUCACGACAGCAGGCCAACGGGGGGAUGCUAGAGCAAAAGAACAACUCAUCGACAAAGCGUGCCAGUAUCAAUAGUAGCAGCCUUUCACCAAGGCCCACCCCAAGCACCAAGCCCAUAGCAGACGAUAUAGGGGACAUUGCCCUAGACAGCACGGAUCCGAUGGAGUUGAACGACACAUUGUCAAGCAACAACGCCAACAACCCCUUCAACGAAGACAACCUGAAGCGAUCCGCAACCGGCGACUCAGACGAGAUACGCAUGAUAUCACUGAGUCCCAGGAAGAGGGGCACCAGUGACUCGAUAUCACCGCUAGUGCCCACCACCCAGAUCUCCCCGACAGAGGUGCGCAUCGACGUUGACUACGGAUCCAGCCUCACCCAAGCCAGCGAGGCCGAAGGGGUCAAGCUGGGAAACAGCGUCGUGAUUGCAACAGGUGGCCGCAGUGACGGAUGGAGGCGCGGAAGGAGUUCGUCGCGGAGAUACGAAGAUAGCAGUGACCCUUAGGCGAGUCACAGCAACAGCCGUAAUCGCAGCCGUAGGGAUACCGUCAUCACCUUGAGUGGACAACAGAAUCGCGGAAGCCGUGCAAGUCGUGGUACGGGCAGUGAUCCGAAAUGAUACUUCCAUGGAGGUUCUUGGACGCUUUGGUUAUACGGUGGCUUGGGUUUGUUUUGAUUAAGAGGGAUCGAAUACGCUUGAUAGUCAUGUUGCAUGAGCGGACAUGGGAUACCCAAACGAGAGAGUUGUCUAUGCGUGCUGAUUUUGACGAAGUGCAAGACUAUGCGAGACAAAUAGUUAUACCUGAUGAGAACGAAAGAUUAUUGCACAAUCAUACCCAAAUCAUAUUCCAGAACGACGUCGAUAUUGAUAUAUAG